AUAAUUGCCUUUGAUGAACUUCGGACAGACUUCAAAAACCCAAUAGAUCAGUGCAACCCAGUCCAUGCGAGAGAGCGGCUGAGAAAUAUUGAGCGUAUUUGCUUCCUCCUGCGAAAGCUGGUGUUGCCGGAGUACUCUAUCCAUAGUCUUUUCUGCAUAAUGUUUUUGUGCGCUCAAGAGUGGCUCACACUGGGGUUAAAUGUUCCUUUGCUUUUUUAUCACUUCUGGAGGUAA